UCCGCCUAGAAACGUUGUUUUGAUUUUAGCAUUUUAGUAACCCCCCCUUAAGUCUCAUCUCCCUUUUCGAGAGGGCGGAAAAGAAAAAAAAACAAAGACUCAGGUCCUGGUAGCUAGCUCUCGGCCGUCUGCGCCUCAAUUUCUGCACAUUAUAUUUUUUUUCAGUUCGUUGCUUUCGGGGGAAACCCAAUUGAGUCCCAAUGGUGUGUAAGUACAGAUGACAUCUUCUUUCUUCGGGCUGGAUCUCCUUUCGAUAUACCACAUCUAUACCAACCUAUACAUACAUUUACCCAAUUGCAUGCCCGAUUAUUAGUCAGAACCCUUUUUCCCAUCCCAAUUCCUCUCCAUUUUCUCUUUAGAUCUCGUCCCUUUUUUGGUGUUCGCUACGUCCCGUAGGGCAUGUGGUGUUUUGUCGCCACCGAUAUACAUCGACGGACGACCGGACUUUCAGGUUAUUUUUGUUGGCUAACGAUGACGCGCAACGAUGGCUCGCGAUUUAGUCAAUUUACCCAGCUUUCACGAUCAAAUCCGCAAGACGGUAACGGGCUUGACGGUUAGUAGUCAUGGCCAUCACGAGAAUGGAGAAGCGCACGAAGGUACGCCUUUAAUAGGAAAUGGCAAUGGAAAUGGAAAUGGAAGUAUUAGCCAGAACGGGCAUGGACACGGACACAGCGACAUGUGGGAGUUCUUAUUCAAUUCGCACUACACCCCAGGUGCCGACAAUCCGAAGCCAUGGGUGAAGUAUCCAGCGCACGUAUGGCACAUCACUAAGGCCACUUUAUUGAGCAGUCCGGUCAAUAUUCUCCUCGUCGCCGUACCGAUCGGUAUUAUCGCUGGUCAGACAGGAUGGGACCCCGUCGCCGUCUUCGUCAUAAACUUUUUCGCCAUUAUUCCUUUAGCCGCCGUAUUGUCAUUUGCGACCGAGGAAAUAUCCGCAAAGUUGGGCGAGGCUCUUGGUGGAUUGCUCAACGCUACUUUCGGCAAUGCGGUGGAGUUGAUCGUUAGCAUAAUCGCAUUAAGAGACAGACAGAUAGAGGUCGUAAAGUCGUCCAUGAUUGGUUCGAUCCUAUCGAAUCUACUCCUCGUCAUGGGCAUGUGCUUCUUCUUUGGUGGUAUCGCCAACAUGAGGGACGACGAGGGUCAUGGUCAGGAACAAAGCUUCCAGACCAUCACUGCCCAGACAACCGCUUCUUUGAUGACCCUGUCUGCUGCUUCCAUGAUUCUCCCCGGAACCUUAUUCAUGAUUAUCAACGAUAGCGACAAAGGCGACGACGGCGAGCGCAACGAUAUCGUACUUUCACUCUCUCGCGGCACCGCUAUUAUUCUACUAUUUCUCUACGUUUUAUAUCUAUUUUUCCAGCUGAGAACGCAUCAUAAGCUCUUUAGCGCUGAGUCGGGUGUGAUCGAGUCGGAAUCGACACAGAACGAAUCCCAGCUACCUGCAGAAGCUUCGGCUGCAAAUGUGCGACCGGCAGUCCAGGAUUCCUGCGAAGAGGAGGAAGUUCACAUGAGCCCGUAUUCCGCCGCCGCCGUCCUCAUCGUCACAACUGUCCUGGUCUCUAUCUGCGCCGACUAUCUUGUAGAAAGCAUCGAUGCGCUAGUGGAACGCGCGCAAAUUAGUCGAAGCUUCAUCGGUCUUAUUCUAAUUCCGAUCGUGGGCAAUGCAGCGGAGCACGUUACUGCUGUCGUUGUAGCGGUUAAGAACAAGAUGGAUCUUGCUAUGGGAGUUGCUAUCGGCUCCAGUAUCCAGAUCGCCCUGUUCGUAACGCCAUUCCUCGUCGUCCUUGGAUGGGUUAUGGACAGAGAGAUGGAUCUUCAUUUCGAGACUUUUGAAACUGUGUCAUUCGCAUUGGCUGUGCUGGUCGUGAUCUAUACGGUUCAAGACGGAAAAUCCAAUUACCUUGAGGGCGCAAUGUUGAUGGCCCUCUACAUCAUCAUCGCCUUAGCAUUCUUCGUCACUCCUAGCCAAUACUUUAACACUGACUGGGUUGUCGGUAAGCUGAGCAGUGUGGUUGGGUCGACAUAAAUACAAGGGUUCUCAUUCGCAUUCCACCCUUGAUGGGCGGAUAAGCUGCGCGCAUGGGCGCGUAACGCUUCACGAUUCUACGUUCGAUUGCUCGACACUUUCCAAUACCCCCUGGCAUUGUGGCCGGAGUGUGCAGUGCUAUCAACAGCACUUAAUUUCAUUUUUCCGAAGCAGUGUUCUUAUUAUAGACACUAGGUAGUCAUUUCGGCGAUUUUCUUUGUCUUCGUCAGUGUAUAGUAUAGUAAGUGGUGAGGGUCAGGUCGAAAAAAAGAAGUGCGUUAUCCACUAGAAGUUUGGUGGUUUCUGCGGUAGUAGGGUUACAGAGCAUAGGUACCUAGGUAUAUAGGGCUUUCAUAAACGGAGCAAUAGAUGAGAUGUAUUUCUAUUUACGAAGAUUGUGCGUAUUGUAUAUAGACAUCUAACCUAACAAAAUUAAUGUUUUCUUGA